AUGUCGUGCCAGCGCGGCGGGGUGCAGCUUCCCUGGCAGGCCUGGGGCGGAGAGCACGCCGACAACGACGCAGCCGCGGAGCGCUUCCUCGAGGCGUCGACGCUGUGGGCGCCCAUCAGCUCGCCGCCAGGUACGACCGGCGGGGCUACGCGGCGCGCGGCGGCGCGGUACAGGCGACGGGGUUUGGACGGCAACAGUCAUGUCGCGGAGGACGGCGGCGCCGCGGCCGUCUGCGCGAUCUGCUUGGCAGGUCUGGAGGAAGCGGAAGCUGGGCGCCAGGCGGUCGCGGAGCUGGGCGCCUGCUCGCACGUGUUCCACGCCGCGUGCAUAGACGCCUGGGCCGGCACCGGCGCGGCGGCCACCUGCCCGUUGUGCGGCGCGCCCAUGACGCCCACGCCGUGGGAGGACGACGGGCAGAGCUUGCCCGCGCCGUGA